ACUCCUCCGCGCCGCGAUCCUCCUCAGGAGCCCAAACUCUCCCGAACUUCGCGGGGGGACGGAGGAGAACGCGCGGGUUCUGCUCGCCUGCUUCGCCCCAGCCCCGGGCAACCCGCGGCGGCAGCAGCAUGAUCGUCUCCGACCCCGAGAGCUGCGACCCUUCCGGAGUGCAAGGCUACUCGCCCUGCGGGAGCUGCGGAACACUGAGGAGGAAAGAGAACAGAGGGAUAAAAAUCCCCCGGCAGCUGCGAAGAGGCCCGAGUUCGUUCAUCCCAGUGGAGGAGAUCCUCCAAGAAGGAGUAGAGAGUGCCCAGCGGCGCCUCUUCAUUGACGCCUUUGUUUCAACGGGCAGGGUGGACAACAUAACCAUGGUGAUGGGCCUGCAUCCGGAGUACUUGACAAGCUUUUGGAAGACUCAAUAUCUGCUGCUUCGGAUGGACGGACCUCUGCCAUAUCAUAAGCGCCACUACAUUGCAAUCAUGGCUGCUGCUCGACACCAGUGUUCCUAUCUGGUCAGCUUCCACAUGGGGGAAUUCCUGCAGGUGGGAGGGAAUCCGGAGUGGCUGGGCGGCCUGCAGUACGCGCCGCAGAAGCUGAGGAACCUCAACGAGAUCAACAAGAUCCUGGCCCACCGGCCCUGGCUCAUCACGAAGGAGCACAUUGAGGCACUCCUGAAAACGGGUGAGAACAGCUGGUCCCUGGCGGAACUCAUCCAAGCUCUGGUGCUCCUCACACACUACCACUCGCUGGCUUCCUUCGUCUUUGGCUGCGGCAUCAACCUGGAAACCGACCAGGAAGGGGGCCACGCCUUCCGGCCCCCUUCGCCACGCAGUUGCGAUAGCAGUCCCAGCUCCGAGGAUGGGGUGAACAAUUCCAGUGGCACGGAUGCUAUGGAGGAUGUGGAGAUGCUGAUGGAGAGGAUGAAGCUGCUGCAGGAGUGCCAGUUGGAGGAGGAAGGGGUCACCCAGGAGGAGAUGGAGACCCACUUUGAGAUGGAAAAAAGGGAGAGCCUGCUUGUCACCCCCUUGGAUAUUGCUGAACACUCCCUGCCCCCCAACGUCCUGUGCUUUGUGGAGGAUCCAGAAUUUGGAUACAAAGAUUUCACUCGGAGAGGAGAACAGACGCCCCCAACCUUCCGAGCUCAGGACUACACCUGGGAAGACCAUGGUUACUCCCUCAUUAACCGCUUGUAUCCUGAUGUGGGGCAAUUGCUGGAUGAGAAGUUCCAGGUGGUUUACAACCUGACGUAUAACACCAUAGCCAUGCACAGUGGGGUGGACACAUCCAUGCUCCGGAGAGCCAUCUGGAACUACGUUCACUGUGUCUUUGGCAUUCGGUACGACGACUAUGAUUACCGGGAAGUAAACCAGCUUUUGGAGCGCAGUCUGAAAAUCUACAUCAAAACUGUAGCCUGCUACCCAGAGAAAACCACCAAGCGAAUGUACACUCACUUCUGGAGACAUUUCAAGCAUUCUGAGAAGGUGCAUGUCAACCUGCUUCUCCUGGAGGCCCGCAUGCAGGCCGCACUCCUCUAUGCGCUGCGGGCCAUCACUCGCUACAUGACCUGAUGGAGCACUGCUCCCCUCAUCCCGGAAGGGAUGGACGCACUGAUGGGGAGCCCUGUGCUAAAGACUCCUUCCUGGAAUGCAUAGUCAAAGCAUUGUUACCUCAUCCCUACCUGUGGCUUUCCGGAGAGGUGUGUGCACGUGCGUGUGUUUUGAAGGUGUUCUGAGCACCUCCUGCCAAGAGUCAAAUUAAGAGAUGGAGUGGAGGAACGGGUGAAAACAAAGCUGUCCUGUUUUGGUCAAGCCAGGCCUUCUCUCCCGAGACUCUGGAGCCGUCCUUGGCUUGCUGAGUGGCUUCUUGGCUCUGCUGCUGCUGAGCCCAAAGUUUGAGUGAUGACGCCGAGCCCGCUAGCCUCCUGCCCGGAAGACUUGUUUUGCCCAGACUGAUGUCUCUUCAUAGGCCUGGCUGGAGCUGAAAUCUGUGACGUUUGGCUCCCAGCUACCUCCCCCCCCCAAAAAAAACAACAACAACAACAACAAAACCCUCUGGUGAUUCAGUGCAAUGAUUUUGGUUCUCGUGGCUGCAAACUUUGCCGCCGCCCGCCCAGCUCGAUCAAGCGAAGAGGGAGACCUCCCAGCUGGGAUAUGGCGCUGCUCUUUCUCCGUGGCCUCUGCCUGCUGUCGGAUGUUGAAUGUAGGACUUUGAAUGUCUGAGCAGAUCACCCUGUCUCUCUUUUUUAAAGGAGUUUAAAGUGACUGGUUAACAAGACUCAGGAAGGCGAUGCGCAGGGGACUAGAUGGAAGCCGAGACAAACCUCUCUGCCAUGGUGAUUGGCAACGACACUACAUUUCUUGCUGCUCCCCUUCAUACCGGAGGCAGCUGCACUCCAGAUUCUCUCUCUGCUUCACGGACAGGCACAGGACUCUCCCGACCUCUGAGAGCAGCUGGUUUAUGGAAGUCGAAGUGGACGGAGAGGAGAGGCUUGUGGGAAUGCCUGGUGGAUUAUCCUCCAGGAAGUGGGAGAAAGGCCUCUCCAGGCAAGGGGUGCCAGGUGAACCCAGUGUGGACCACACAGGACUCUUGUUUUGGGCCAGAAUGGAAGGGACAGGGUGCCUGUCCCCUGAUGGGGAAGAGUGUGCGUGUGACUGCCUCGCACGUCCCAGCAUUUGCUCUUGUUCAAAUGUUUGAGCCGCCAACAUUGUGAAGCUGUUGCCUUCUCUAUGUCCUGACCCUGCCGCUCAAAAAGCCUCAAUUGUUACCUUGGGAUCAUUUCCCUCCUUCUCUGCGAAGCUUAUCUGCUUUUUUGUUUUUCAUUGGGCAAUAAUAUUGCCCAACUAAAAUAAUAUUGCCACCUAGCUGACCUAGAGUUGGGGAUUAAAUAGAAAUUCUCAGAAGAACUUGGCCUGAUCUCUUCAUGGGAUGGCACGAGGCUAUAGAUUUGUGAGGCAUCCGGUGGCCUGGAGCACUUGAAAGUGCAAGUCUGAGAGGUGCCAUUUGGAAAAAACCCUACACACACACACACACACACACACUUCCCCUGCAAUUAGAAAACUAGGAUGAAGGGAGCUGGUUCGGCUAAAUCUUCCUUUUCUGAUGUGCUAGAUUUUUACUUAGUGGGUGCAUGCCAAAGCAGGAUCCUGUGCCAGAAGGCAGCCAUAGCACAGUCCAUUCUGUUGCCUCAUUCUGCCUGUGAAGAGCAGACCCUCAUCUGUGGCCUCAGGAGUCCUCUAGAAGGCCGGGCUCGGCCACUGGGGCGUUGAGAAGACACAGGCAGGCAGCCUCCAUCUUCCCUCCCAGGAUUCCAUUCCCAUCUCAGGCAAAGAAGUUCUUCAGGUCAGAACUGUCCACAUUCUUCACCUGCCUUAACUGGUUUCCCUGAUCCUUGAUAAGAAGAGAAUAUGGAAAUCAUGACACUGAAAAAAAAUGAAGGGAUGGCUUGAAAGAACAGCCACAAGGCUGCUACUGUUGGGUCCUUCCAGCAUCUUCUCCUUGAUCAACCCCAUGGCUCCCCCUUUCUAUUUCAAGAACGAGCUAAGCGUCUAUCAUUUCAACAGACAGGAGAGAGCAUAGCAGGACAACAUCUCCCAUUGUUCCGGGUGACUAGCCGUCCUGUGAGGCUGCUGGGGUUUGGAACCCAGCAACUUUGUCCUUUCACAUUUACCAUCUUCACAUUUACCUCUUAAAUUGUUCGUGCCUAACUCUGGUUUUUGGCAUGCAAUCUCUUCUCUCUCUCUUUGAGGUAUUGAUUCCUCUUUAAAAAAAUAUCUAGGGAUUAAAAUCUCCAUCAGAGGAGUACUAAGUACUGAACAGGCAAACAAGCUAGACCUCAGCCUGUCCCCAUGUGUGGGCCACUCAGCAAGAUCUAGCUGAGAUCCGUACCGAUGAAGCUGGGUUCUGAGAAAAUGUGACUCCUUCCGGGCAUUUCUGAAAUAGUGGAAAGACGUCUUUUGAAGCAAACUGCUUGGGUUGCAGGAGCUGCGUUUAACCAUUGCAGGCAUGGGCAGCAGUGGUGGAGGCUAAGCGCGUUAGGGAUUAGGGGAAGCCAGUGCUUCCUCGUUCAGCUUUUCCUCAGUGUAGGAUGACGUUAGGUUAGAGCUCUGUUACUUCUGAGGCUGGAUGGGGCUCUACAGCAUGAGUGAGCAUGAGGUCUUUCAUGCAGUAGCUGCCCAAAGCGUUGGCAGUGUCUGCUGAGGAUUGGUCCAAACCUUAGGCAGAACUGACAAUGCUGGAAAUCCAGUUUACUCAGGAAAAAACUAAAGCAGCCCUUGCCAGCCCAAGAAAUGGUACCCAAGCUGCUGGAGUCCUUUCCACAAUAUGUGGAAUUAAUCUGUCUACCAAACACCACUGCUUGCAGUAGCCUUUGGUACAGAACCUUGGUUUCUUCCCUUUAGAAAUGCUGGUUGGGGUAUAGAGUUAAUCAUUAUUUUUGGUGUUUGCUCACAUAUUGUGUGUGUGUGUGUGUGUGUGUUUCUGCCAUACACUCUCGACUGCUGGAAUCAAGAUUUGCCUGACUCUGUAAAUGCCUUGAGAAAUGAGAUGGUUUUGAUUUGACUGAAACUUUGUACUCUCUUCAGUUGGGGUAGGGGAAAAUCAACCCAAAAGGCAGGCUGUAUGUAUUGCUUCAUGUAUUCUGCUCCACGACACUGUACACAAUUGCUGUGUGGCAGAUCCUGAGGCCUUUCUAUAGGCUUGGCUUGCAAGAAGCUCAACAUCCAGGCCUCAUGUUGCGAGACCUGAAGGUCGUGUUGUUUCCCAUCACUUCUCACCGGGGGACCCCUUGGAAGCAGCAUUCCUAGAGUUGCCCCCCCCCCACACACACACACAGAGCGUGAUUGCUUGCGCCCUUUGCUCACGGCAGUAUUGCACAACCAGGUGGUGAACGCACUGUGAAAUUCAAAGCUAACUUGUCUCUCAUGACGUGAUGGAGCUGAGCUGGCCUCGACUCUUAAGCUGGUUUUGAUACCUUCCUUUAUUUCUGUCCUCUUUCUGCCUUUACAGGCUGACAUAUUCUUCCCUCUUCCCUUCAAAUAGUGUUAAAGCAAACGAAAAACCCUGGCCUGCCUCUGUCCCCAUCCAGAUGUUCGGUUUUCUCCGCCAUCAUAGACUUUGCUCACUGCCCUGUUUGACGUUGAAAAGGACUGGGGGCGUCUAGUUGGGGGUGACGGGGUGGGUGGUGGGUGGGAGAGCAGAGCGUCUGUAGGUGGAGUCUGCAUUUCCUCCUCCUGCAGGUCUCUGUGAAAUGACCCUUGCUGGAUCUCUUUGCCAUCUGGUAUCCUUUUUUUCCGUAUCCCCCUUUGCUCUCCUUUCCUGGAGUCAGUCAGUCAUACAGACCUAACAGCCUCGGCUACAUUUCGCUCCCUGUGUUGUGUCGCUGUUUUUCAAUGUUUUACUCUUGACUCUGCCAAUGUUGUGACUUUGCUACCAAGUCCAGGGGGACAGGGGAGAAAUAAAGUUGCCUUUUUGUUUUUCAAA